AUGAUCGGCGUAAGAGUUCUGAUUCUCGUGGCGAUCCCCGCCGCUCUCGCCAGCAAUGCGACAGAUCCCAAGAACAGACUCGAUGAGAGAACUUUUGGAUUCUUCGACUCGGGAGUGAAUAUGAGAAAUAUUGACGCGGACUACGAGAAGCCGAUUGAUUAUCUGGUGCAAUCGAAAGGCUAUCCAUUCGAGAAACACUACGUCACCACAGAAGACGGAUACAUCAUAACAAUGCACAGGAUCCCUCAUGGAAGGAAUGUACCGAAUCCCGGCACUCCGAAUCGCAAAGUCGCCGUCCUCGGCGCACCACUCCUGACACUGAGCACAAUAUGGGUGAUGGAUAUGCCCAAUAACUCAUUCGCUUUCAUCUUGGCUGACCGAGGGUAUGACGUAUGGCUCGCCAACUGCCGAGGUUCAUCGUUCGGGAAACACCACACGAACCUCACAAUCUACGACUCGCAAUUCUGGCAUUUCACUCUCAUAGACAUCGGUGCCAAGGACUUAGCCGCACAAAUCGAUUAUGCCUUGAAAGUUUCCGGUCGAGAACAAGUCUACUACGCUGGCAUGUCGCAGGGAGGAGCCUCCCUGUAUGCUCUACUCGCGAAACGUCCCGACUACAAUAAGAAGAUUCGAGCCAUGGCAGCUUUGGCCACCUUCAGGAGAGUCUGUCAUAUCAACAUAUGGUGGAUGAACGCAGGCUCAACGCUGGAGAAUUAUAUUGGACGUUUCCCCAUCAUGGAGGUCCUACCGAAAGUUUCCAUGCUCGGACAAGGAUGCGACAUGGCCGAUAAUCUUUGCUUAUGGUACACGAAAUAUUUCCUCUACACGGACGUGAAAUAUUUGAACACCAGCCGAAUCCCGGUGUACAUGAGCCAUUUCCCAUCAGGAACCUCGAAAAUGAAUCUGUUCUACUACUCGCAAAUCAUGCAGGAGAGCCAAUGCGAAAAAUGGAACGAGGUUCGAGAGUACGACUACGAUAGAUCGGCGGUUUCUCGAUCGACGUACGGAGGGAACUUUUUCUGGAAUGUCUUCGGUGAAACGAAGCGGAUCAACCCUCAGAUGUACGAUGGAAGUCUGGAGCCUCCAAUUAUGGAUCCGAAUAACAUUCAUAUUCCCAUCAAGCUGUACUGGAGCGACGGGGACCGUUACGCGCCCCCUCAAGAGCAGGCUUUCCUCAAGAAGGAGCUGAAGAGUAUCGUCGCGGAAUUCCACAUUGCCGAUCAGGCUUGGGGCCAUUACUCGUUCGGGACGUCGCCCUACAAUGCGUCGGUCUUCUUGGAUGCCGCGAAAUUCUUCGAUGAUUGCAGCGUCGGGGAGGAGUAUUGCACGUAUCGGCCGUGA